UCAUUUACCAGCUUUAUUUCACGAGUCCAAAAGCCCAAACUCAAUAAUCUAUGCUCCGUCUCGCUCGACGAUCACUCGCCGCCGUUCGAUACUUCUCGGCGGCAGCCAUCACCGACGCUUCAAAACAUCCACCACCAUACCCACGUGGCACAACCACCGUCAGGAAACCCGGCGGCGGAGGAAGAGAUACCUUAGGUCGGAGACUUCUAAGCCUGGUUUACACAAAACGGAGUGCUGUUAUUGCUAUAAAGAUAUGGAAGGAAGAAGGACACGUAGUUCGUAAGUAUGAGCUUAAUCGCAUCGUUCGAGAGCUUCGGAAGCUUAAACGGUACAAACACGCACUUGAGGUUUGUGAAUGGAUGACAUUACAACAAGAUAUUAAGCUACAAGAAGGAGAUUACGCGGUCCAUUUAGACCUAAUCGCUAAAAUUCGCGGUAUAAACAGCGCAGAAAAAUUCUUCGAAGAUCUCCCAAGUAAAAUGAAAGGGCAACCAACAUGCACAGCUCUUUUACACGUUUACGUCCAACAUAAAGAUUCUUCAAAAGCCGAAGCGUUAACGGAAAAAAUGUCCGAAUGCGGUUUCCUAAAAUGCCCUCUUCCGUUUAACCACAUGAUGUCACUAUACAUCUCAAACGGGCAAUUCGAUAGGGUUUUCGAAACUCUAAACGAGCUAAAGAAAAAUACUUCACCGGAUAUAGUUACGUAUAAUCUGUGGUUAACCGCGUGUAACUCACAAGGUGACAUACGCAAGGUAAUUCAAGUUGUGCGAGCCAGACAAUUGCAGGCGGUUAACUUGAUUUGCUUAUUGGUGGCUUUCGUUGCACUACGUAGACUGUUAACCAAAAAGCGUGCCAAUUUACCUACUAGAGAUGAAAUUUUACAACGACGAUAUGUACGAGAAGAGAUGUUUCCCAUUAUUAGAAAGGAAGAUCGUGAUGAAGAUCUUGAAGACGAGGUCAUACAAGAGGUGUUAGAUGCACCACAAGAGGAAGAGCGCUACAAUACAAGAGACAUACGUGAGGAAAUGAGAAUAUAUAUGUUGUUUGGGAUUGUUUUGAUUACUAGCAGAUUGAAUCUUGUGAAAGAAGCUGAUCUAAUUGAUGUAAUGGAUGGCGGCCAAUGUGUCGAAAUGGGUACACAUGAGUUGGACGGAUGGAUUACGGAGAAAGAGAUACAAGAUGUUGCUGAUAUUAUGGAUAAGGUUUCUGAUAAAGGGAAGAAGUUCAUUGCAGAAAAAAUAAAUAAGUUGAAGAGGGAGAUGGAGUUGUUUGGACCACAAGCCGUUGUCAGUAAGUACAGCAAUUACAAAUCGAUUAUGCAUUCAUUUUGCUGGAAAAUAUAUGAAUGGCAUUUUGCAAUAAGGGGACUGAGUGAUAUUGAGUUUGAAGGAGGAAUUUAUCAUGGUCGAAUUCAGUUGCCUUCAGAGUACCCGUUUAAACCACCAUCAUUUAUGUUGUUAACGCCGAAUGGACGUUAUGAAACUCAAACAAAGAUAUGCUUAAGCAUAUCAAAUCACCACCCUGAUGCGGCAGCAGGUGAACAAGCUUCCGAGAGUCCUCAAGAUACCAGCACCGGGAUUACCGAACACGAAGAACAACAGCGUGAAGAAAACAACGAAGUUGCUGCUGAACAAAUCACAGAACCUGUAGUACCAAAUGUAUCAAGGCAGGUAGCUAACGCUGUACCUUCUGCUUCAUCAUCUGUACACGCGGUGGAACCACAGCAGCAACAGGUGCUGGGGGUUCAGAAACCCGCUGAUGACCGCCUGUUCACAUGGGCGGCUGUCGGACUUACCGUUGCUAUUAUGGUGCUUCUGCUGAAGAAGUUCAUGAAAGCUAGUGGACAUGGUGCCGUUUUCAUGGACGAAUCUUGAAAUUGAAAUUUAUUCGCCUGAAGUUUUUUGGCUUAUAAUCUUUUCGGUUAUCUGUCGUUGUGUUAUCAGUUAUGAUUCGACUUAAUGGCAGGAGUAAUAAUAUUGUAUAUGAAGAAA